AUGUUGCCUGGAAACUCCACUUAACAAGGUCAGAGAUAGGACAGAGGUAAAGAGAGCCUGACACCUCAGCCUCUACCAGUCCUCCAUUGACAAUACAGCUGCUUUCUCUCCAGGACACGGGUCAGCUGCUGCUGUGCAUCAGGAUGUCGGCCAUGCACUGGGAGGCCAGGCGCCGUCAGAGUGCUCUGGACCGCAGGAUGGCCAGAGACAAACAGCAGCUGUUGCAGAAGAGUUCUGAGACCAGCUGCAAUGCAACCGGAUCAACCACAACACAAGAACAAACAGCUGGAGACCAUUGUCCCCACUGUAAGGGCAACCUGAAGAAACCUGUCCAUUACAGUGCUAAGAUCUCCAACAGAUACUCAUCUUCACAGUACAGCCAGCAGUGGUGAGGAAGAUGAGGAACAUUCUCUGACAACUUCACUGGACCACGUUUGGAUCUCUGAACAGCAAUCUCUGCGUUUGGAUUUGUCCAAACUGCAUCAGUGAAUCAGUGUGAGAUUCUCAAAUCACAUCUCUACAACUAUCACACACACGUCUGU